AUGGAAGAAUUUAAAAAUCAAAACGGUUACAUUUCAAAUUCACGGCAAGUAGAAGAUGUAAUAAUGCAAAUAGAGGAAAAAAUACAAAAUAAUAAAGAAUGGCAUGAAAUUUUUUCAGAAUUCUUUAUAAAAAUUAGAAUGAAUGAGACAAAUAUGAUGUUUACAACAGAAUUAUUAGUAUUUUCAUCUGAUCUAGAAAAACUAUUGAUGAAAAAUAUAGAUUGGCUAAUACAAGAAUUAAAUUGUAAAAAUGUUAACUCUACGAUUAAAAGGAAAAAAGAAGAUGAAGAUUUUUCAAACGCUAAUAAAAUUCAAAGAUUGAUUAAACCACAGGAUGUACGGACUACUAGUAAAGAAACUAACCCCGAGAUUGAGAAAAGAAUUGAAUCAUUUAUUCAAUUUAAAAAACCAGACAUGAACGAUCCUAGUGAUCAAAACAAUUCUACCAGUUCUGAUAAUUUUAAUGUUUCUUCUGAUGCCAAAACUGAUGAUACAGCGGUGGAAAUUAAUCGUAAUGAAUUCGGUGUGGUAAAUAAUAAUGACAACGAUGAUGGUGUUGAGGAAAGGCUUCAAAAUAUUGAAAAACAUUUGAAUAAACGACCAAUCGUCAAAAGUGUUCCUCAUGAUGUUUAUGAACGAUUAAAAGUGUUGGAAGAUAAAAUAAUGAAAUAG